AUGCCGGCCUCGACCAUCUACCAGACAAUCGUUCCGCAAAAGACGGCGACGAGUCCAGCCACUUCUACUACUUUGAGUUUCGCUGAGUGCACAUCAGAAUGCAUAGACGAUUGUAGAGCAUCGAGCCCGCCGGAACGACCAUUCGAUCUGACCCGGAUGUGGAUCGCUUCGAUUUCGAUCCAAAUGGUACUUGGCAUCUAUUGUACCCUACAGUUUAAACGCAUGAAAGAAUUUGAUCGCGACGCUGAAGAGAAUGCGUUGCUUCUGCCAGCCGAUAACGACAAAAUGAAUAACCCCGGUGUUAGCAAAGACAGGUUUGCCAGUCUCAAGUUUGCAGUGACUUUCUUACUGAUCGGGUUUGUUGUCAUCAUCCAGCUCAUAGUUGGACUUGCUAGCGUACAAAUUUGGGCGGAUUACAACGCAGCACAAAAGUAA